AUGGAUUCACAGAGAGUCUUUGAGGAGUUAUUCUCCAGGCCAGAGAUAAAAGUGAGGCCAAGUCCCCCGGCAGAAGGCAGUAACAUGACCAUAACCUGUGAUACAGCCCUUCAUCCAUCCAGAAUAACCACCCCGCUGCUAUUUGCCUUUUAUAUCAAUGGGAAUACUGUGUGGGAAUUCAGUUUAUCUAACCAAUACCAGGUUUACUCAGCUGGGCCUGGGGAUUGGGGAGAUUAUUCCUGUGCAGUGAGAACUCCUACUGGUACUGUACUGAAACUGAGCAACGUGACCCAGAUACAGAUGCAAGAAAUGUUCUCUAAACCCAAACUGAGAGUGAGCCCCAACCCUAUUACAGAAGGCUCAGCCCGGACCCUGACAUGUGGUACAACUUCCAGUACAGUCAGCACCAGGGAACUGCAGUUUGCUUUCUACUGGGAUGGGCAGGAGCUGCAGGGAUUCUCUUCAUCCAAUCAGUAUCAAGCUUACUCAGUUCAGCUGCAGAAGUCUGGGAAUUAUAAAUGUGCAGUACAACAUCCAGCUAAAAAAAUAAAGAAAGAAAGUGACAUGUUCAAUAUCCGGGUAGUAGAAAUGUUCUCUAAACCCAAACUGAGCGUGAGCCCCAACCCUAUUACAGAAGGCUCAGCCCUGACCCUGACAUGUGGUACAACUUCCAGUACAGUCAGCACCCGGGAACUGCACUUUGCUUUCUACUGGGAUGGGCAGGAGCUGCAGGGAUUCUCUUCAUCCAAUCAGUAUCGAGCUUACUCAGUUCAGCUGGAGGAUUCUGGAAAUUAUAAAUGUGCAGUACAACAUCCACUUACAGGAAUAAGUAAAAAAAGUGAGGUGUCCUAUAUCCGGGUAGAAGAAAUGUUCUCUAAACCAGAACUGAGAGUGAGCUCCAACCCUAUUACAGAAGGCUCAGCCCUGACCCUGACAUGUGGUACAACUUCCAGUACAGUCAGCACCAGGGAACUGCAGUUUGCUUUCUACUGGUAUGGGCAGGAGCUGCAGGGAUUCACUUCAUCCAAUCAGUAUCAAGUUUACUCUGUUCAGCUGGAGGAUUCUGGGAAUUAUACCUGUGAAGUACAACAUCCAACUAAAAACAUUAAAAAAACAAGUGUAUUGUCCUGUAUCCAGGUAACAGGAGGAGCAGUCAGACCUGUGGUUUCCUUAUCCCCCAACUGGGCCAACAUAUUAACUGGCGACAAGGUGACUCUGACAUGUGAUGUGGGUUCUACAGCAGGAACAGCACCCAGAUAUUCCUGGUAUAAAGACAGUGAGAUGAUGAAUAAGGAUACUCUGACUAACAAACAUACAAUUAACUAUGCAUGGAAGACAAACAGUGGUACUUACCAGUGCCAGACGGAUACCAGUGAGAGGAGUGAGCCUGUCAGCGUGAGUGUUACUGAUGGCCCUCUCAUCCUGCAGGCACCUCUGUAUGUGUAUGAAGGGGACUCCCUGACUAUGAGAUGUUACAGGAUGUUUGGGUGGGAUACAAUGUUCUACAAGGACAAUAAUCCAGUGGGGCCCACGUAUGGUGAUGAGUUACAUAUUGAAGGAGUCAAUAUGACUGUGACUGGUACAUACAGAUGUUCCAAAGGGAAGACAUAUCAGUCUGGUGAAGUAUUUAUUUCUGUAAGAGAGUUAUUCUCCAGGCCAGAGAUAAAAGUGAGCCCUUGUCCCCCGGCAGAAGGCAGUAACAUGACCAUAACCUGUGAUACAGUCCUUCAUCCAUCCAGAAUAACCACCCCGCUGCUAUUUGCCUUUUAUAUCAAUGGGAAUACUGUGCGGGAAUUCAGUUUAUCCAAAAAGUACCGAGUUUACUCAACUGGGCCUGGGGAUUGGGGAGAUUAUUCCUGUGCAGUGAGAACUCCUACUGGUACUGUACUGAAACUGAGCAGCGUGACCCACAUCCAGAUACACGGUUUCUACUGA